AUGGGUGUGGAUUAUUAUAAGAUUCUUCAGGUGGACCGAAAUGCCAAAGAGGAUGACCUCAAAAAAUCCUAUCGGAAACUCGCCAUGAAGUGGCACCCCGACAAAAACCCUAACAACAAGAAAGAUGCCGAAGCCAAAUUCAAACAAAUCUCAGAAGCCUACGACGUAUUGAGUGAUCCACAGAAGAGGGCAGUUUAUGAUCAAUUCGGAGAGGAAGGAUUAAAGGGGCAGGUGCCACCGCCAGGUGCGGGUGGAUUUACUGGCGGGUCGGAUGGAGGGGGACCAACAAUGUUCCGUUUCAACCCUCGCAGUGCAGAUGACAUAUUUUCUGAAUUUUUCGGGUCCUCUAGCCCGUUUGGAGGAAUGGGGGAUAUGGGAAGCGGGUCACGGGCCGGGGGAUCAGGUUUCACGAGGAGUAUGUUUGGGGAUGAUAUAUUUGCUUCAUUUAGGAAUGCUGCAGGAGGGGAAGGGGGUUCGAGUGGCAUGCCGCGCAAGGCGGCUGCAAUUGAGAGGAACUUGCCGUGCAGUUUGGAGGACUUGUAUAAGGGGACUACAAAGAAGAUGAAGAUUUCCAGGGAUGUUAUGGAUGCAAGUGGGAGGCCCUCCACUAUGGAGGAAAUUCUUACAAUUGAAAUUAAGUCCGGGUGGAAGAAGGGAACCAAAAUAACUUUUCCAGAGAAAGGAAAUGAAAUGCGAGGUUAUAUACCAUCUGAUUUAGUUUUCAUUAUUGACGAGAAGCCUCAUAGUGUAUUCAAGAGGGACGGGAAUGAUCUAAUUGUCACCCAGAAGAUCUCUCUGGUCGAAGCUCUGACGGGAUAUACUGCACAAUUGACGACGCUUGAUGGAAGGAAUUUAACAAUACCCAUCAAUUCCAUUGUCAAUCCCACCUAUGAAGAAGUCGUCAAAGGGGAAGGGAUGCCCAUCCCAAAGGAACCCGGCAGAAAGGGUAACUUACGAAUCAAGUUCAACAUUAAGUUCCCUAGCAGGCUUACGUCCGAGCAGAAAACAGGGAUUAAGCGAUUGUUAACAUCUUCAUGA